AGCAAGAGACGUUUCUGCACCCGUUUUUGCGCAUCGUACGAAAAGCAGAGUCAAACAAACAAAAAGGCAGCGCCACACUGGCCCACAACGAUGAGCGCAUCUCCGCUCUCCUCUGCCUGCGUGCAAUUUCUUCCGGAGCAGCUGUCGCUGUCCGCCGGCACGCCCGUCGGCUCCGGCGCCAUUAGUCAUGUCGUCCAGUGCCGCCUCCGCAGCGCCGGCCACCCCUCUUUACCGGUGGUGGUGAAGAUCGUCUCGAAGCUGCAGGUACUGCAGCAAGGCAAGGUGCAGAGCGUCAUGAAUGAAAAGGCUGCUCUGCUGCGUCUCGGGCCCCACCCCUACAUCGCACGCCUCUACGGCACCAGCCAAUCCGAGGACGAGCUUUACUACGUACUGGAGUGGCUGCCGCACGGUGAUCUGCUGCAGCACAUCCGCCGAACGCACUUGCAGCGCGUGCGUGAGUACAAUAAUCAAAGUAAUGCGGCGGACAGCAACAGCAGCAGCAGCGCGUCUGCCCGUGUCACCUCCAUCCCCACCUCUUCCAAUGCUCUGCGGUGCCUUGACUUUCACGAUAUCCGCCUCAUCACCGCGCAGCUUAUUACCGCCCUCGCGUGUGCAUCCGCCAAAGGUGUCGUGCUGCGGGACUUGAAGCCGGAGAAUGUCGCCUUCGAUGAGAAGUACCGGGCGUGUCUGCUAGACUUCGACACGGUCGACCUGGGCGGCUCGGCUGUCGUGCCGGAGACGAACAACGGUGUGGCCUGCCCGCCACCGUGUGAAGGUGCCGCAUAUGUAGUCGACGGCGAGCCCGAUCGCGAAGGCAAGCACCGUAGGACAUGCACAUCACCGCAGGCGUUGCCGGCUGCCGCCCCCCCGCGUCGUCGUCUCACCGUUUCUGAAAUCCAAAGCAUGCGCAAAAGGUCCGCUAGCUUCUGCGGCACAGCGCAGUACGUUUCGCCGGAGAUGGUGGGUGAGUGCAAAUGGAGCUUCAGCAGCGAUUUGUGGGCACUCGGCGCGCUGGUGUACGAGAUGGCCUACGGCACGCAUCUCUUUGCGGGGAUGUCACAGUUCGAGGUGCUCAAGAAGGUGAUCCAGGGCGACUACCUCGCGCGUGCCAACCUCUUCCCCGCUAUUGACUUCAACGGGAGCGUCUCCAACGACGGUAGCGGUGGCGCUUGUCAGGACAACUUUGCCGCUCUCGUGGACUUUAUUCGGCAGCUGCUGAACAUCGACCCCUCGAAGCGGCUUGGCGUGAACAGGGAGACGCACCGGUUUGACGAGGCCGCCCUACGCGGUCAUGCUGUGUUCGGUGGCUUUGCGUGGGAGCAGGUCGACGAGCAGCUGCACACCUUCCGUGCGCGGGCGUUCCCGGCAUCCUGCACGAGCGUGACGUCGUCCGCGCUGUCUGCGGCGAGCCACGGACGGUCCGCGUGCGACAAAGCGAAUAAGAGGCGCAACUCGGACAGUGAGACGGACCUUCAAGAUGAGAGGUCGAUUGCCGCCGCGGCGGCCGUCGCGAAGGUGGCGCUGGCGGCGCUCGAGGAGGCAUCCGUCGAUCCUUCUCCAUCGCUCGCGGCGCUGUAUCAUGUGAAACCGUUCAACGAUCCUUCGUACGCGGAGUACGUGUACAAGGCGACAGCCGACGCAAACUUCUUUGAAAAAUGCUUUGUGGACAAGACGAAGGAGGCCGCAAUUCAUGUAGAGGGAAUGAAGGACGAACCCGCAACAGAGGCGGCGAUUGCGACGAACGACGCAUCAAGCUCAUCCGCAUCUGCAGCGGGAAAGAUGUAUCUAGCUUCCUCUCAAUCGACGAAUGGCAGUACAGCAGCGGAGAAAACGGACACUGCCACGCGCAGCAGUGGUGGAUGUAACGCGGACACGAAUCCCACCGCGGACGUCGAAGAGGAAUCGGAUGUGGUUGAUGACGUGGGUAUGCACUACGCCGGUCAACACGCCCAUCCCGAUUUUCAAGCGUAG